AUGGAGACUCUGGAUGAGGGAGGGCAGCUAAAGGGCCAUUGCCAAGUUGUGGGACACUCAAAGAGCAGGCCAGCAACAGUGUUGUGGCUCAGUGAGCUGCAUACAGAAGAGAAGAGUCAAUGGAGAAAUCAAACAUUCGUCGCAGAAUUUAUCCUCUCGGGGUUUGGGGCUUUUCAAGAACUACAGAUAGUGCUCUUCUUGGUGUUUUUAGUGAUCUAUGUUGUUACCAUGGCUGGCAACAUUCUCAUCAUUGCUCUGGUUGUAGCUGAUCGUCAGCUUCACACUCCUAUGUAUUUCUUCCUAGGGAAUUUAUCUUGCUUGGAAAUCUGCUACACCUCCAGCAUCCUGCCCAAGUUCCUUAUCAACUUCAUGACUGGAAAUAGAACUAUUUCAGUUUGGGGAUGCACUAUGCAAUUUUAUGUCUUUGCUUCUCUGCUUGGCGUGGAAUGUUGUCUCUUAACCGCAAUGUCAUAUGAUCGGUAUUUAGCAAUAUGCAAACCAUUGCAUUAUGCAACAAUUAUGAAAGAAAGGCUCUGCUUUAGCCUGGCAGGUGUAUCUUGGAUUACUGGGUUCCUGGCCAUGUCUGUAAUGUUCUUCCUAAUCUCAGGAUUAACAUUUUGUGGCCCCAAUGUCAUUGAACACUUCUUCUGUGAUCUUACACCUAUUAUGAGGAUUGCCUGUGAUGAAACACGGAAAGUAGAACUGGCAGCUACAAUCUUCUCUUCACUGUUCACUUUGCCACCAUUUGUAUUAACACUGACAUCAUAUGUCUUAAUUAUAUCUACCAUUUUGAAAAUCCCAUCCACUACUGGAAAGAAGAAGGCAUUCUCAACUUGCUCUUCCCAUCUCAUAGUUGUUACCAUAUUCUAUGCAACGUUAAUCAUAGUGUAUGUAAUGCCUAAAAAGAAGGCCCUGGGUAUCAUAAACAAAGUUUGUUCUGUGUUUUACACUGUACUGACUCCCUUAGUCAAUCCCCUGGUAUACAGUCUGAGAAAUCAGGAGGUCAGAAAUGUCCUGAUGAAAUCUGUUCAGAAAGGUAUUACUUUCAUAACUACUCAGAGAGUCCAAGGGAAUGCUUUUUGA